UCCCUUCUCCCCUCCCCCCCUCUCUCUCCCGCGAUCCCCCUCCCCUCCGCUCUUCGUCGCCACGCCGGCGAGAGGGGCGCCCCACUCUCGCGCGUAUAUAACGAGUCUCGCGGAGGGACCCGUCCCUUAUCCGCUCGCCCAGAUCUGACUCCCGCCUCUGCGUCUCCGCUUCUGCGAGGCGAUCCCGUCGGGGCCAGGGUAUAAGCUGCUAUCAUGGCGUCCAACACAGGAGCCUCAGGAUGGCUGAGCGGUAAGGUGAAGGCUGUGACAUCUGGGGAUUGUCUUCUCAUCAUGGGGAGCACAAACGUUGAGAUCCCACCUGAGAAGUCCAUCACCCUGUCCUAUCUUAUGGCGCCAAGGUUGGCUCGCCGUGACGGAGUGGAUGAGCCAUUUGCGUGGGAAAGCAGGGAGUUUCUGAGAAAGCUUUGCAUUGGGAAGGAGGUCACAUUCAGAGUUGAUUAUACAGCUCCAGAUAUUGGGCGAGAAUUUGGUACUGUUUACCUUGGUGACAAGAACGUCGCCUACUCAGUAGUUUCUGCUGGAUGGGCAAGGGUAAAGGAGCAAGGCCCAAAAGGGGGUGAACAAAGCCCAUACCUUUCUGAGCUGCUAAGGCUGGAGGAAGUUGCCAAGCAACAGGGUCUAGGCCGUUGGAGCAAGGAACCUGGUGCUGCUGAAGAAUCAAUAAGAGAUCUUCCUCCUGCAAUUGGUGAAGCAAGCAGUUUUGAUGCAAAGGGUUUCGCUGUUGCAAAUAAAGGCAAGAGUUUGGAAGCCAUUGUUGAACAAGUUCGUGAUGGCAGUACUGUUCGUGUUUACUUGCUUCCAAGUUUCCAAUUUGUGCAGAUAUACGUUGCUGGAGUACAGGCUCCGUCCAUGGGGAGGUGCUCCUCAGUUCCUACUGUGGUUGCUGAAACGGAUGGUACUGCUGAUGGUGCAAAUGGUGAAGAUUCGGAGGGAACACCUGCACAACUGACUACAGCUCAAAGGCUCGUUGCAUCUGCAGCUUCUACUGAAGUACCACCAGAUAGGUUUGGAAGAGAAGCCAAGCAAUUCACAGAGACUCGAGUUCUGAACAGAGAUGUGCGGAUUGUGGUGGAGGGUACGGACAGUUUUAGUAACAUAAUUGGUUCGGUGCACUACCCUGAUGGGGAGACUGCAAAGGACUUGGCCCUCGAGCUUGUUGAAAAUGGUCUUGCAAAGUAUGUCGAAUGGAGUGCUAAUAUGCUUGAUGUUGAAGUCAAAAUAAAGCUGAAGAAUGCAGAGCUUCAAGCUAAAAACGAUCAGCUGAGAAUCUGGACAGGGUUUAAGCCCCCUGUCACUAACUCAGAGCCUAUCCAUGACCAGAAAUUUACUGGAAAGGUGGUAGAGAUUGUGAGUGGGGAUUGCAUUAUUGUUGCUGAUGACGCUGCUCCUUAUGGAAGUCCUUCUGCCAAAGGUUGCCGGCCACUGCACCCAACCAUGUUUGAGCCGGACCUUCGUCCGCCGGAGCACCAGGUCGCCGGCCACCGCGCCUCCGCCAACAAGCUUGGCCCACUCGUCGACAGCUCGGGCCUCUUCUACAAGCCGCUCCAGACCGGCGAUCGUGGGGAGCAUGAGCUCGCCUUCUACGAGGCGUUCUCCGCCCACCCCGCUGUCCCGCCUCGCAUCCGGGAUGCCUUCUUCCCACGAUUCCACGGCACGCGCCUCCUCCCAACGGCGGCACGGCCCGGCGAGUCGCACCCCCACAUCGUCAUUGAGGAUCUCCUUGUUGGCCUCGCGGCGCCCUCCGUCAUCGACAUCAAGAUCGGCGCGUGCACGUGGCCGCCAUGCUCGCCAGAGCCCUACGUCACCAAGUGUCUCGCCAAGGACCGCGAGACCACCAGUUCCCUUCUUGGAUUCCGCAUCUCUGGGGUGCGGGUCGUCGGUCCUAGGGACAUCGUGUGGCGGCCGGAGCAGCCAGAACUGAAGGCAUUGGACACUGCUGGGGUUCGUCGCAUGCUCCGGCGCUACGUGUCGUCUGUUGCCGACGAGGGACUAGACCACGUGCUUGUUGCGGCAGUGUACAAUGGGGAGGGGGGAGUCUUGUCGCAGUUGCGCCAGCUGAAGGCGUGGUUCGAGGAGCAGACUCUGUUCCAUUUCUACUCGGCAUCGAUUCUUUUGUGUUAUGAUGCUAAUGUAGUGUCAGCGAUCAAAGGUGGUGGGGUGAGGGUCAAGCUGGUGGACUUUGCGCAUGUCGUUGAUGGUGAUGGGGUGAUUGAUCACAACUUCUUGGGUGGACUUUGCUCUUUGAUCAAGUUCAUUUCUGACAUUGUCGCUGAGUCUUGAGACGGUUCCUUUGGAUCCUUAAGACAGGGGGAUCUUGGUAUUUUGGAGCCAAUAAUAGAGGUAAGAGUCAACCUUUGUGUUUAUUUUUCUUUUGCAUUUUGGAUCUUGGUAUUUUGGAGAUAUUGGUUCAAGGAUGUAAAUUAGAAGGGAGAUUUUGUUCCUGACUCGGAUGUUGUCUUGCGAUGGGAGAAGAUAAAGUAAAUGAAAAGAUUACGGUGUCAUUGUGGUUAUCAAAUCGUUCGGGAUGCAUGAUCGUUUGUAAAAGAGAUUAGAAUAUUGUCACUAGGAUGUUAGAAACACUUUUUACAAUAUUUGUUCUGGGUAUAUUUUGUACUUGAUUGUUGAGUGUUUUGUGAACAUGAAAUUAAUUCUAAGAAAUGGUAUCUGACUCUUCCAAUUGAUGUA